AUGGCCGGCAUGCUUCCUUGGCAAACCUAUCGCCGAAAUCCAUCUGGCACAUUGACCACGACAUUCCAUCACCCCCGCGACGAUAGGCGAUGGUCGCUCAGCUAUCUCCCAGAAGAACCCAUCCCAAUCGUAGAAUCCAAAUGCGAAAUUGUACAUCCACGACCUAAACGAUUCUGGGUGCUCACUCAGCAAGACGUUGCACAGAUGGAGCACAAGGUCAAUACAGACGAAGACGAACGCGAAGCACGUACACGCGCGCAGGCCAUAGCCGCCGGUGAAAUCUUUGAUCGUUCGGAUGAUGACGAGAUUGUCGUCAUCCCCCAACGCCGUUCGACAUAUGCAACUACUCGAGCUCCGCUUGCUGCAAUCAAGCCACCACAUGCACCUGGAUACGCUUGGUCGACGCGCCGUGGCCAUCCUUGA